AUGGAAGGCAAGGAUGGCCUGCACGACGACACCAAGUUGGCCGCAGGCUCCAUCACAGGCGGUGACGUCCUGGUCCAGCGAGGCACUUACAGCCAGCUUUUGAAACCCUAUGCUGUCGCACCCGUUGCGUCCAGUACACUGGGAGAAUUUGGUGCCGCCGCGGCGGCUGUUCGCGAGGACCAGCCGUCUCUACGCAGGAGGCUGGUGUACACGCUGGCGUUCCUGAUCAACUCGGUCGCUCUGGCCGCGCUGCUGUGGGCGCUAGCCACGCGCCAGCAGCCGCCCGCCCGUGAGGAAUACACGAAGGCACUCGACAGGUCCGACCACUCGGGACCAUCGGGUGACGACGAUGGUCGCCACAGGCGCGCCGCUCAUCCCCCGCCGAGGUCGGCCACGGAGCCCUUUGUGGACGAGAAGGAAGAACCAUCAAGGCCUCUGGGUCAAGAUCCUAAGGCCCCCAAGCACCCAGUUCACAGAGCCAGAACUACUCAUAGAUAUAGAGCCAUGACCUCCACUCAAGAAGAAGAUGCAAACCAGAUGACGACUACUUCCUUGGGAACCUCGACAGAACAGACACGAGAUGAACCGAAUUUCGAGUCAACGCUUCCAACAGCCAAAGAGGCAACGGUAUAUACAAGCACGAAUUCUGUCUCCGAGGGCGCAACAACUAGCAAUACAAGUAGCACAGUUCAAAUAAAGACGAGCGCUGCAAUGACAAAUUUUAGCAUGGAGGCCGCCGACCAAACAACGUCAUACACGGGAACUACUACAGAAGAGACAUUCAGCUUUGAUGUUGACAGCAGCCCGUCUUACAACGUCGUCUGCUACUUCAACCACACAAGUUACAAGCGAGACGAACCUAUGUCGUUUCAUACGGGACACAUUCCCGUACCUUAUUGCAGCCACAUAAUUUACGCUUCGGUCGGAGUCAGCGACGAUUUCGAGCUCGUAGCGAAAGAUCCCCUGUUUGACGUCGAGCGAGGUGGCUUCGCUAAGUUUGCGAGGCUGAAGAGCCGCUACCGACAUGUCACCGUGAUGGCGGCGAUCGGCGAAGACAUUAGCGACUCGAAUGCCUUCCACCGGAUGUCGAAGCACAAGCCGGACGUCGUGACCUUUGCACGGCACGUGGCGUCAUGGCUCCGCCAGUACGAAUAUGACGGCGUCGUCCUGCAGUGGAAGAUGCCCGUGCAGCGCCAAGACGACAAUAGCGGCAGGGCCUCGUGGUUCAGGAAGAAGGUGCUUGUCGUCGCUACCGCCCUUCGCGACUCCUUGGGCGCCAAGGCGGAGCUGUUCGUCGCCGUUCCCAACAACGAAGAGCUUCGUCAGGCGUACUUCAACGUAGCCCAACUGGCCCGUCAUGUCGAUCGGUUCCUCGCCGUCAGCAACUGGGUCUUGCGUGACGUAGAGAACACGAGAAACCAAAGUGGAGCCGACAGAACAGCCAAGGUGACGUCAUUUCCGGACCCGCUCAACGACGUGCUCCAGACGCGCCACUCUCUGGUCGGAGCGGGCAACGUGCUGUUGUUCCGGAAGUUCUGCUUCGUCUUUUCGGUCGGCGCCAGGAGCUACACGCUGCUCAGAUCGGGUCACCACGACAUCCACGCUGCCGCGUCGGGGCCUGGGAAGCCCGGACCGUACACCCGUCAGCCGGGUGUGCUGGCCUACUACGAGUUCUGCAACCAGACGUGGCCCACCGCGGUGAAAGGCACGUUCGCCUCGUACGUGGCACGCGACGACCAGUGGGUGGGCUACCUGGACGUGAGCAACGUUCAGCGCCUGCUGCGCAUGGCGCUCUACAAGCACCGAGCAGCCUGUCUUGGCAUCUGGGAUGUGUCACUGGACGACUUUCGCGGGGUCUGCGGCGAUGCGUUCCCCUACGUCAAGGCCAUCUCGGGAUGGCACGACAGAGAAUGGAAGCGUCGUCAUCGUGAAUUAGGCUCCCUCCCUAAUAAAUGA